AUGCUCCCUCGAAUCACGACGACGCAUUCGUUCGAUACUAAAUUUUGGUUCAAUGGCUCUGCGACAGACUAUUGGCCAACCAAGCUGACUGAUGAACAUAUUGGAGGACCAAACUGUUUGAAACGAAAUGGCGCAAAUUGCGUUUCUGAGGGGUUCAAACUCUUUGAAGGUUAUUACACCUAUGCUCGGAACCAGGUGGAUUAUCAGGUACAAACCGAAGAGCCACUCAAUCCUAGGAUCAUCCAAGCGUACCUUCGAGGUAGUGGAAGUGCAGAGACCUGGUCUCUUGCCCCUCAUGCACCAACCUCUUUCCUUGCCAAUGAGAUGUGGAAUGACCCCCACUGGUACCCUCGUACCACUCAUGCUACAGGUCAGAGAUCAAUGCACAUUGAUGCUCAGAUGUCAGUGGUCCGUACAGUAUGCACCAGACAGUUUCAGGAGUUUCCCAACACAACAAUAGAGCUAUCUCUACCAAUGCUUGCAGAGUACACCACUUGGGCCACCGAAGAUUCCCAAGGCCCUUACACAAACGUACGACUUCCGAAACCUCUUUGGAGCCUAAACACAGCUUCUCUUGUUAAUGACAGCAACAUUGCAGUCGCUUGGAUCCCAACAACAGCGAACCUGACAUCCAUGACAACAGGCAUCGUGAUUCUUGGAGCUCUAAAUUCAACCCAUUCAACAAAACGCCUCGGCCUUACUUGCUCAAUUGAUGCUCGUUGGAACAAUGCAUCACACACGGUGACAGAGACAACGACGUACCUUCGCCAGGUCGAGAAACAAGGUAACCCCGUCAACGCGACCCUCGGUGGCUCCUGUCCCAUCGAUACCUUGCAUAAGGCAGCUUUGCCCGUCGACCACCGCUAUUGGAGAACAAUCACUGCAGAGAGCUCCUUCCUUGAAGCCCUUAAUGCCAAGCCAAAUCCAAAAAGUUCCAAAGCCGAUACCACGAGCAUCACAAGCGUCCUUCAAGCCGCCAAUAUGGAUCCUUCCAAAGCCUUCAAACCCGCCCAGCCUCAGCUCAGUGCUUCAAUCAAGCGUUACGAAACCGUCAUCGCCACUGUCUUCGCCGACGCUAUCUCCCGCAUCGGCCUUGAAAAAGUAUCUCCGCACGAAUCCGCGACCAUUUUCACCUCCUCGCCAGAAGCCGACUGCCAUUUCAUCACUAAAUACAGUCGUCUGAGGUUCUGCCCUAAACCUCCUACUGGCUCUUAUACCCCUUUGACAAUGAAAGCAUUCUUGAAGGGCUAUGCAUUUGAAGCUUCCAGAGUGACUGACUACCUCGCCAUCGGCGUCAUGAUCAUAUACACCAGCCUCGCUUUAGCGCAUAUUGUUUGUUUGCUGGCUUUCCGCCGGACAUGUGCGUGCUGGGAUACGAUUGAGGAGGUUAUUGCUCUAGCGCUGACGUCUAAGGCAAGGGGGAAAGGAAUUGGAGAGAUGGCGGUGGGAGUGAGGAGGACGGAGACAAUGGGACUUAUGGCGAGGGUCAGAAGGGUAAAGGUGGGGGAUGAAGAGCUGGGAACGGAGGCAGGGAAGGUGCAACUACUUCUUGAUGAUAGAGGGGCUGACGCGCAGGUAGAGGUUAAGAAGCAUGUAGACCAUGGGAACUCUGGUAAUAAGGGGGCAACAAAGGGAAGUAGAGACCGUGAGAUUGCGCAGCAGAAGAACAGACGAGCAAUGAGCUAUCCAACCCCACCAACGAAGUUUAUCGAAAGCUCAACGGCUAAUGGACGAAAUUCAUGUUAG